UGAGGGGGUGGACCGGCCGGGUGAGAGAGAUAGGAUAGGAAGGUGAUUGUUUCGUUACAGUGUCACUCUCGCCAUCCCGGGGGCCCUCGAGGGGAAAUGCCAUUUAUUGUUUAAUCUUAUUUGCGACAGCGGUGCUGUGUUUUUAUUAAUGUUGGAUUAUUCACCGUGGAAUGAGCAACCCUUGCGAUACGUUUUUGGGGCAUUUUUUCUUCAUUUUCGUGACGCAAGCGCGUACCAAAGUACAGAGAAAAAAAGCUAACAUGAGCGAAGUGGAAAAACGUAUCUAUCAUGAACUAAUCGAUUGCAGUUAUUUGGUUAUUUAAAUUGUUCUAAUCAAUUCAGUAAUAACCUGCUAGUCCAAUAAGAGAGAGCCGCGAUUCGACUGAUUCAUUGACACCUAAUGUCAUGAUUUGAUGUCGAGAAGAAUCUAAUUCAAGAGAACACAAGUUAUUUAUGGUAAAAACCUACAAACAAUGUAAUAUACUUUCAAUAUGUAAGAUAUUAUAUCUUACAUAUUCAUAUAUAGCCUAUAUUAUAUUUUCGAACGCACUGUCCCAUGUCACAUUCAAUAUCAAUAGAAAUAGUUGCGUUUGCGUUAUUGGUGUAAUUUGUGUCAAACCAACUGAAGGAUGACUGUCAAACUGGACUUUGAAGAGUGUCUCAAAGACUCCCCCCGAUUCAGGUAGGUCUAGAUUAACCCUUGAAAAACAUUUUUAAUGACUUAGGUAACAGUCUACAAAUAGGCAUUAUUCAUUCAGUUACAUUGUAAGGUGAGAGCUUAUUUGUAAAUGCUGCAUUCAUUUAUGUGACUACCAAUUUAUUACAGUUACAAGAAGUUAUAAUACCUGAUUAAAGGGUAGGCCUGUGUAGGUCUACUCUAUGAUUUUGUAAUACAUUAUUCAGAUAGUUUCAGAGCUGCCACAUGUCCACAUAGGGUAAAAGUAUGACAUCCUGCUUGCAUCAUCCCUAACAGUGAGGAAAUAGAAAAGUGAAGACAUUCUUUUUUUAUUUCAAAACUACCUGUACAAUCUUAUCCUGGGUUGGCAUAUUGGUCUACAGUGUAGUAGGCUACAGCAUUGUAGUUCAGCACAACCACAUGAUAAACUUGUCAAAUGAGUGUCAGCCCUGCAGAUAGUUUGGGGUCUUGCCUCAUGCUUGGGGUCAGAUUUGUCACUGCAAUGAGUCGAAAUUAGUUUCUUUGGGCAUUGACACUGCGGCGAGACACUGCCUUUUCUCAUUGAUGGGACUGGCUUUGUGUGCUGGAAUGAAAGAUAAUUGAUACAACUUAAUACAACUAAAAUGGCUUUUUCAUUGGUAGCACUGGUGCUCCCAACUUUAAAAUGUUAGUUAAAACAAAUAUGAUACAAAUGUAACAACCGCCGCACCUGAAGCGAAACAUAAAUCUAACAACCGUGCUUGCUCCCAACGGCAAAUAUAGAAUGUUGCCAUUCAAUGGAUAAGGUGCAUUGGUGCUAAUCAAAAUUAUAGGUCACACAGCACAAUAUUUAGGAGCAUAUGCCACCAAGAUGGUUACAAGCCCAGGUUGUAAGUCAAUGUAGGAAUGCAGCACACCAACCUCUGCCUGGCCUAUUCUCUUUCAGUCAAAAUAUAGCUUUUAUUUUAACUCUAAAAGGAACACAACAUAAAACCAAAAGGGAAGUGGAUUUUUUGGUUUUGAAUGUAGCUAAUAAAUGAGGUUUGUUGCUUUGGGUGUGCCUCCCUUUUUUUUAGCUGGCAGAUCAGAAGAAGUGACAGUGGUUAGACUCUUACUCUCUCUUGUCUUUUCUUUCUUUCUCAAUCUUUUGCUGUUUGAUAUUUUCUUAAUUCUUGUUUGGUUAACCUUGCAAGUUUUUUGAAGAGCUUUUAUCUCUCUUUCUCCAUCUCUUGCUCUCUUUCUCUUUCGUUCUCUCUUUCUCUCUCUCUCUCUCUCUCUUUCUAUCUCUUUCUUUCUCUUCUCGCUCUCUUCCUCAUUCUUGGCUCAUGGUCUCUCUGGGAGGAACACACAGUGUCGGAAAGUUUGACUUGUUGUGGCAGUCAUUGGUGCAUUCUGCAGCGGUGAGGUCUCAUUUGACCGAGAAGAGAGCGAGAGAGAGGUGGAGGAGGAGAAAAAGAGGGGGAGGAGAAGGUUUUAGAUGAAAGCCAUGGUCGAACUCUGGUAGGCCUUCAUAUUCACACACAGCUAGUGUGGUGGACUGGAGAGGGUGACGUUUGGAGAAAAGAGGCUUUGAAAGACUAGAAAAGAGAGAAGUGAAAGAAGGAUAGAGGAGAGAGGGACAUCUCGGGAAAUAUGUAUUGAAAGAGGAAAAGAGAUGCUACCGUAGUGUACAUACACACAGAGGCAGAGUGCUUGGGGUAGAGCUUCAAACAUCUGCCUCCCGUUGCUAGGUAACCGGGGGCGGCCUGGGCUUGUGGAGUGGAACAGGAAGUGAAGCAAGAGUUAUUGAGGUGAUAAACAAGAGACAGGAAGUGUGUUUUUUGGGGGUGGAUCGCUGUGGAAACUUGAGGUUUCUCUCUCUCAGGUGCACUUACUCAUACAAAUGCACAGAUGCAUUCCGUUUAAUCACCUUAGUAUCACGUUACAGACACACACACAUUCAGAGGGUAACGAAUACAAUGUGUGUCUGACACAGGCUUUGUUCCAUCCAUCUUCAAUUCUAUCUUUGCCCUUCUUCAAAGUUAUCUUUUUCUAUCUUACUCUCUCCACCAAACCUUUCUCAGUCCUGUAUUGGUACCCCUGUCAUGCCUGGCUAGGCCCAUUUCAAUAUGAAUGAUACUCAGCGAAAUAAACUGCAGCCACUGUCUCUACUACACUACCAGCAGACAAACAGAUGCGCUCUCUCUCUCUCUCUCUCUCUCUCUCUCUCUCUCUCUCUCUCUCUCUCUCUCUCUCUCUCUGCUGCUCUCCUUCUCUCUCUUUUUGUAUUUUUCUUUGUGCACUUUCUCAGUAACUGUCUGUCUUUGGUGGAAGGCAGCGGAAACCACACUGUUGGGCCGUUGAUGUGAGAAAGAACAGAGGAGAUACUGAAUCACAGACUAACAGUCACAGCAGUCACAAUAUCCUUCCACUGCCCUUCUGACAGGCCCAUUUAUAAACUCUACUAGAUAUCAUUUGAAGAAUCAUGUGUACUGUUGGUGAUUGAACUCUCAUGACGUCUGAUAUUACAGGCAAAUAAACGUAAUGGAGCCACAGCAAUUCUUACUGUAGAACUGAUAACAUUGUGCAUGCAGCUCAACAUUCAGACCAGUAUGGUGUUGCCCAAGGAGGGUGUGGAUGCAUAAGACAAGACCCUCUGCCUGUGGUGAUGUGGCUUAAUGUGUGUCUGUUUCAUCCAGGGCUGCCAUUGAAGUGGUGGAAGGAGAUGUCUGUGAAUUGGAGACACGAUUAGAAAAGGUGAGAGAGUCAUACACACACACACAAAGUCCCCACUUUUCCAUUAUGCUCCCAGUAUCAAACCACUACUUCUAUAAACACACCCAGCCAUCCAUACCGUAGAGGAAGUAGUUGUUGGACAGGGUCAGUUUCUUCCUCUGAGUAGUGACUAUGAACUGUGAGAGACAUGGUGGUGUUUCACCUGAGUUGAAGGGAACUAACUCCAGUGCUGCUUCCCCACUCUAUUGUUACCAGAGAAACGUAACUGACCACACAAUGUACUUUCAAUCACUUGAUAUUCCUAAUUCCCUAAAGGGAUUGGUGCACAUAACAUUUUCAGAUGCAUACUUUGGCAAUCAAAUGUCAGAUUCCUGUGAGUCUCAACCUAUUCUGCGUCUGGACAAUGUUACACCAUGUCAUAUUGAAAUCUUAUGUCAUGCUGUAUGCAUUGCAGUGUGUUUUGAUGUCUUUUGCAACAUGGAAUUGUGUUGUGUUGAAUCCUGACACAUUGUGUUAUUGUGUAGCUGGUGAAGCAGUGCCACUCCAUGCUAGAGGCUGGCAGGGCCUACUGUCAGACCAGCAAGAGCUUUGUCACAGGGCUCAAAGAGCUGGGCCACCACUGUUCUGGGGACAACAUGAUGGGGGUGAGUCUAUAGAGAUGCUGGGUAGUACACUCUAACCACUGAUUUGGGAUCAGUGUAGGAGGGACCUAUCUGUAUAUAGGGCUAUUACAUAGUGUUGUGUUAAGUUAUGGUUAGUGUUAUAUCCUAAUGUCUUUAUCAUAGUACAUUCUUAUCAAGGGAAGGGCAGCAGGUAGUCUGGCGAUUAAGAGCGUUGGGACAGUAACCAAAAGAUGACUGGUUCGAAUCCCCGAGCCGACUAGGUGAAAAAUCUGUCUGUGCCCUUGAGCAAGGCAUUUAACCCUAAUUGCUCCUUUAAGUCACUCUGGAAAAGAGCGUCUGCUAAAUGACUAAAAUGUAAGUGGAAGUUCUAUUGUAUUCAAUCAUUGAUAAAUAAGUUAAACUCAUUCCAUGUUCUUUUCUCGUAGGAGUGUUUGGAGAAAUUCUCCCAGAAACUGGCAGUGAUUCUGGAAGCUCAGGGGGUGAGUUGGACUCCUCUACUGUGCAUCGCUUGCCAUCAACAUUAGUUACUGUAGCAACCACUUUUAAAUGUCAGGUGUCUCUGAGUAUCUCGCUCUUUCUCUUUCUCUGCCCCUAUCUCUCUCCCUCUACCCCCCCCCCCCCGCUCUCGCUCGCUCUCCAUCUACCCCACCCCCCUUCUUUCCCUCUAUUUCUCUCUCACUCUCUCUCUCUUUUUCUCCAAGGAAGUGAUUGAGACCACACAGAAGUCAGUGAAGUUGAAACUGCAGAGUUUUGUGAAAGAGUGAGUUAGUCUGGCACUCCUUCAUAAUUGAGUACUUCUGUUUCAAACCACUACCAUAGACUGCUGUCACAACAUCCCCCAGUCCCACCCACAUCUUUAUGGGCCACAUUCAUUCAUCUCUCUCUCCUAAUGCCCCCUCCCCUUCUCCCAGGGACGUGCGUCGGUUCAAGGAAGUGCGUAAGGAGUUUGAGCGGGGCAGUGAGAGUCUGGAGGCGGCGUUGAGCAGGAACGCUCAGGCCCCCCGGGGGAAGCAGCACGAGGUGGAGGAGGCCAGCCAUGCCCUCCUCAAUACCCGCAAGACCUUCCGUUCCGGGGCCCUCGACUACGUACUACAGGUGAGGUCAUCAAAGCUGGAGGAUGAGAGUGUAUUUUGGGGAAGGUCAAAACUGGGUGAUUGAUGGAAAGUAUGCUAGAGACAAAACAUUCACUUACACACUGACAUGGACGCGCUCACAUACACUGGGCCUGGUUUGAAGUGGUUUGCCUGGAAUUGAAUUACAGACUAGUGUUGAAACUAUCAGUUGUAGACUCCAGCUCAAUUGGGAAUCUUGUUCAUUACACUGCUUGCUUUCCGUUUGAGAACAUGACCCUACUGGAAGGCCUCAAACAAAAUACUAGAAAUAAUUUUACAUAACAGAUUUGUCAGGAGGACCAGGAUAUAUUUCUAACAAAUGGCAUUGAUAAAAUAUGCAGCAGCACCUCCCCUUAGUGUCAUGUGUUUUGCUGUGGUGAAUGCUAACAGCAUUGCCUAAGGGUUUCCCCUGUAGCAGGCUGGUAAAUAUUAAUACCCAGUGGUUUGUACUAGCAGCUGCAGUCAUACCAACACACAUGUUCUGUCCCCUCCUAUUCACUCACUCGUCCUCUCUCCUAGAUCAAUGUCAUCGAGGCCAAGAAGAAGACCGACAUCCUGAUGGCGGUGAGUUUCAUGAUGUGGGAACUUUUAUCAUUGGGAAUAUUGUAAGUGUCGCAUGGUUGAGUCCACAUGUGAGUGUCUAAUAAUUAGUUUACUUGAGCAGUUGUUGAGUUGUCUUUGUGGCAUGUAUUGUUUAGUCUGAUCGUAUGAUGAUGCUUUAUUCUGUGUUUUUCUGUCAGAUGGUGUCUAUGAUGGAAGCCCAGUCCCAGUUCUUCCAACAAGGUCACCAGUCCCUCUCGGAGCUGGCAGACUAUCGACGCACCCUGAGUGAAGAGGUAACAAGGACACGUGGGUGAAUGAGCGGGAAAGGGAGAAGUGCGUUGGAUAAACCAAAUUCAUGAAGGAGGAAGAGAUCUGUUCAAGUGUGUUCUUCAGAUGUUGACAUUAGCGAACAGAGAGGGUGAGGUAAAAUAGUUUGAGAGUGAGUGGAAGAGAAGAGAGGAAUGAAUUAUUCUCUUAGAUCAGGGUUCCUAACCUUUGUUUCCCAGGGCUCUCUUUUUUUACAUUUGAAAAAUGUCACGCCGCAACCCCCUCCCCUUUUAAAAAUGGUAUUAUUGUUUAUUGAGAUAGUCUAUAAUAAAUACACCACCAGCUUGCUUUUGUUUAAUUUGAGGGACCUAAGAAUUUGUUUGUUUUUAAGCUAAUUUCCUGCAAUUUUUCGUAGUUUAACAAGACUCAUUACAUCUUUUAGAUAGAUAGGCUAUUUAAUUUAUAAGGAAAAAAACCCUAGACCUGAUUUCCCCAAAUGUUAUUCCGCUACCAAAUAUGAUUUCUAUGUUUUAAAUUUAAUUAUAAACUCAGCAAAAAAAGAAACGUCCUCUCACUGUCAACUGCAUUUAUUUUCAGGAAACUUAACAUGUGUAAAUAUUUGAAUGAACAUAACAAGAUUCAACAACUGAGACAUAAACUGAACAAGUUCCACAGACAUGUGACUAACAUAAAUGGAAUAAUGUGUCCCUGAACAAAGGGGGGGGUCAAAAUCAAAAGUAUCAAUCAGUAUCUGGUGUGGCCACCAGCUGCGUUAAGUACUGCAGUGCAUCUCCUCAUGGACUGCACCACAUUUGCCAGUUCUUGCUGUGAGAUGUUACCCCACUCUUCCACCAAGGCACCUGCAAAUUCCCAGACAUUUCUGGGGGGAAUGGCCCUAGCCCUCACCCUCCGAUCCAACAGGUCCCAGACGUGCUCAAUGGGAUUGAGUUCUGGGCUCUUCGCUGGCCAUGGCAGAACACUGACAUUCCUGUCUUGCAGGAAAUCACGCACAGAACGAGCAGUAUGGCUGGUGGCAUUGUCAUGCUGGAGGGUCAUGUCAGGAUGAACCUGCAGGAAGGGUACCACAUGAGGGAGGAGGAUGUCUUCCCUGUAACGCACAGCGUUGCGAUUGCCUGCAAUGACAACAAGCUCAGUCCGAUGAUGCUGUGACACACCGUCCCAGACCAUGACGGACCCUCCACCUCCAAAUUGAUCCCGCUCCAGAGUACAGGCCUCGGUGUAACGCUCAUUCCUUCGACGAUAAACGCAAAUCCGACCAUCACCCCUGGUGAGACAAAACCGCGACUCGUCAGUGAAGAGCACUUUUUGCCAGUCCUGUCUGGUCCAGCGACGGUGGGUUUGUGCCCAUAGGCGAUGUUGUUGCCGGUGAUGUCUGGUGAGGACCUGCCUUACAACAGGCCUACAAGCCCUCAGUCCAGCCUCUCUCAGCCUAUUGUGGACAUUCUGAGCACUGAUGGAGGGAUUGUGCGUUCUUGGUGUAACUCGGGCAGUUGUUGUUGCCAUCCUGUACCUGUCCCGCAGGUGUGAUGUUCGGCUGUACCGAUCCUGUGCAGGUGUUGAUACACGUGGUCUGCCACUGCGAGGACGAUCAGCUGUCCGUCCUGUCUCCCUGUAGCGCUGUCUUAGGCGUCUCACGGUACGGACAUUGCAAUUUAUUGCCCUGGCCACAUCUGCAGUCCUCAUGGCUCCUUGCAGCAUGCCUAAGGCACGUUCACGCAGAUGAGCAGGGACCCUGGGCAUCUUUCUUUUGGUGUUUUUCAGAGUCAGUAGAAAGGUCUCUUUAAGGUCCUAAGUUUUCAUAACUGUGACCUUAAUUGCCUACCGUCUGUAAGCUGUUAGUGUCUUAAUGACCGUUCCACAGGUGCAUGUUCAUUAAUUGUUUAUGGUUCAUUGAACAAGCAUGGGAAACAGUGUUUAAACCCUUUUACAAUGAAGAUCUGUGAAGUUAUUUGGAUUUUUACGAAUUAUCUUUGAAAGAUAGGGUCCUGAAAAAGGGAAGUUUCUUUUUUUGCUGAGAAUACAUAUUCUCUUUUACAGAAAGUUAAUAGAUCAAUUGAUAGCGACGAGUCACACAUUGUAUAAGAUGACUUCCCAAGCAAAGUCCAAUUUCUUUGACCCCUCGACUUUAGAAGGUCGUAGCUCAGCUUCUGAAUGUCAUAGAGACUAACCAAAGAUAUCGCGUCUUCCUCUUCCGCUUGUUUCUAUCCUAAAGCAUCGCAGAUUUAUGCAUAGUUUUAGAUCAGUAUAAACAAUCAUGAAUUGUAAAAAAUCAAGGAAGGUCCCGCUACCCCCUCGCGAAACGUUGGCACACCCCUAUUUGGGGCAUUCCCCAUAGGUUGGGAACACAUGUCUUAGAUGGAUGGUGAAAUGGUUUAUUCUAGCAGUUGAUUCCAUGGACUAAUUAGUACAUGAGUCCUAACAAUGUGGUCCAGAGGAACGAGGAAGUCACAAGGUGAAGUCCCUCUCAUUGUGACAGGAAACAGUGUGGGCACCAUCAACAGGAAAUAUUUCACAUGACUUGGAAAGUGUUUGUGUGUGCGCCUGCCUGCGCAUGUGUUUGUCAAAUAGUCAUACAGUAACCUUAGUGCUACGCUGGAUGGGCACAGUAGAAUAACUGGAAGUGCUGCGAAACAUGGCGCUCUAGGCCUGCAGUCAACAGUAGACUACAACUAACCGGAAGGUUAAUUAGUCUGCAAGUCAGAGAGCAGCUUGAAACUGGAAGGCAAGUCACUGGACCAUUUAAAGCCACAAAGACUGGUUUAGCUCUUCCUGCAGUUACAGGAAAUGGUGAAAGAGUGGGAGGCGGAAUGAGAGAGAAAGAAUGAGAGAGGGAGAAAGUAAAAAUAGCUGCAGAAGUUGCUUAAAGACUGCUGGAUCAUCUGAAAUCUUUAUGAGAAAGUAAAGCUGCUAUAUGAAGCUGCUGGAGGGUUUUCCUCGAUCCAGCGACCGGAAGUUGGGAGAGGUUCAGCACUUCCUCCUUCAUGUUUUCCCCAGAGGAGGAAGUCUGGAGUGGUGGACUCCCUGACCUCCACAUGAACUCUGUACAAGCCUGAAGCCUUUUAUUUCCUAGCCUGAUUUUCCUAAACAGUUUCUACAUUAAUCUUUACAACUCUACAUCAAAAACAUACUGUCCAGAAUACUGUGUACAUUAUUGUCUUUAUUUAGUACUCUGACUGUACUGACCUAUCAUGUUGAACUGCUGUGUGUCAUUUAGGAUAAUGUGCAACAUUUGAAACAUUUUAAAUAAUUAAUUCUAGGGCUGUGACCAUACCAGUAUAGCAAAAAUAAAUUCCAUGGCAAAAAUGAAAACUCAAAGCAGACCAAACUCUUUGGUCCUUUAAAAACCUGCUUUAUGUAAAAUAUUGUGUGCUAUAGCUUGGAAAAUAAAUAAAUGUGACUCUAGAUGAUAACAUAAUGAUGUUUGUUUCCAACAUUAGGGCGGUUAAAUCUGCUUCGUGUUUUGUUUGCUGGCCUUAUUGGAUUCUGUGUUUUGAAAUCAAAUUGAUUGUGCCUGACUUUCUGUCUCUUACACAGCACACUCAACUAGUGUUGAAUUCCGCCAGGGAGAAGAGAGACAUGGAACAGAGACACGCUGCCAUUAAGAAAAAGGUAAACACUACUGGAACCAAAUCUGACAGUAAAGAAAGAAGGUAAACACUGACCACCAAGAUGGCUGCCAUGUGAUUACACUAGCUCUCCAACCUGUAUGGAUAUUGACAGGCAGACCUUAUGACAUUUUCUUUCAAAUAGCUUGGGGAUCUACUGGUAUCACUGCGUGAAAAUGAUAUUUACGUCCUGAUACUAACGUUCCUUCCCUACAGUCAUGUUUAUGUUUGUGUUGUGUGGGUAGGAUGUCUCGUAUGAUAACUCCUUAAUGGAUUUCUGUGCUGAUGCACCCAACGGUAUCGCCAUGGAGGGCUACCUGUAUAAGAGAGCUAGCAAUGCCUUCAAGACCUGGAGCAGGUAUGUUACCUUACCUCUCUCUCUUUCUAUGUAUCUGUGCUGUAUGUUGUUCUCUCCCUCUUUAACUUUGUCUCUCCUCUCUCUCUCUCGCUUUCCUCUCUCCCUCACUCUCUUGCCACGUUCAAAACAACUAGGAACUCGGAAAUCUCGGACUUCAGUGUGUUGAAAACAGCUGGGAACUAGGAAAAAAAGAGCUCUGACUGGGAAAAAUCUAUUUGAAUGGUCAUCCAACUCGGGAACUCUGGCCUCUUUCUAGAGCUCAGUCUUUCCGAUCACUGAUGUCAUGAUUCGACCUCAUUUCCCAGAUGUUUUGAAUGCAGCGUCUCCCUCUGUCUCUCUCUCUCGCUCUUGGAUAUUUCACUGCUUUUUCUUUCCACCCAUUAUUUGACCCUCUUCUGCUCUAGUUAUUUUGUGCCCAGAUAGGUUUUUAACGCUUCAGCCUAGGAAGGUGAUUGCAUGAUUCAUUCUCAUCUCCUUCUGAUCUCCUGUCUCACGUCUGUAGGCGCUGGUUCUCUAUCCAGAAAAAUCAACUGGUCUAUCAGAAGAAAUUCAAGGUGAAUUUUUGAAAGCCACUGCUUCACUUUUCAAUGCAUUUUUAAUAGCAAUCCAUGCAGACACAAAGAGAAUAAAACACACACACACACACACACAGUCUGACUGUGUCCGAUUCUCUCUCUCUCAGGAGCAGCCCACCGUGGUGAUGGAGGACCUACGUCUGUGUACAGUGAAGGUCUGCGCUGACAACGAGAGGCGAUUCUGCUUUGAGGUGGUCUCCCCAUCCAAGUGAGUGUACUGUGUGUGUACAAGCAGUUUGUCUGUUUGUUGAUGUUGCUAUUGAUGUUUGUUUUGGGUGUGUGUUAUUUACAUAGUAAUCGUGUGUGUGUGUGUGUGUGCAGGAGCUGUCUGUUGCAGGCAGACUCCGAGCGUCAGCAGCAGGGUUGGAUCAGUGCCGUCCAGAACAGCAUAGCCUCAGCUUUCCAGGAACGCAGAGAAGACCCACACAGCCCAGUGAGAACACACACACAUUAUUCACUCUGUGUUGGGGAGCAGUGAACUACAUUUAGUUCAGCUAGUAAUUGAACUACAUUUUGCAGUAGCUUGGUGGUAGUUGAACUAAAUUCAAAUCUAGGUAGUGUUUUCAGUAGUUAAAUACCGUUUUGUUAUGUAGUGGUGUAGCUAACUACUGGAACUACUUUUAUUUAAAAAAAAAUAUAUUUGUUAGCAUCCCUGCCUAAUUCUCACUUGAAACAUAUGUCUUGUGUUUAAUAGCCUAAAUUACACAUUCUGUUAACAUAUGACCGCAAAGUGAUCUGUUCUUGCAAUUUGUAGUCUAUUAUAUUUCAGAUUUACAUAUGAUCAUUUUCACGAAGUAGUUUGUUUUUCAAAGUAACUUUAGUAAAGUAAACUAUACUCUUAGGGUAGCUUUAGUGUAGCUUAACUUCUUCCAGUGUGAAGUAAUUGGUAGCUUGGUAGACUGUAUUUACUUCCCCAACACACUACACUUCUGUGUUUUCAGAAGCAGAGUUGUAGCUCAAUGUCUACAGAAAGUGCAGUGAUCAACACUCCCAUUCCAUAUGUUUUUGUGUACAUCUCUCUCCCUCUCCCCCUCUCUCACAGAGGGAGCGUUGCAGCUCAGUGUCAGGGGGCAGCCCAGGAGGAGGAGGGCUGUGUGGGGAUCAAGAGAAGACGGGGGGCCGCGAGGCUCUGGAUCAGGUCCAGGCCAUCCCGGGGAACAGGCAGUGCUGCGACUGUGGAGAGCCCGGUCCGGACUGGGCCUCUAUCAACCUGGGGAUCACCCUCUGUAUCGUCUGCUCCGGGAUACAUAGGUAGGAUACACACACACACGCACACACACACACUAAUAUGUAACUAACUCCCUUCUUCUGUGUCCUUCUGACAGGAGUCUGGGCGUCCAUUUCUCCAAAGUACGCUCCCUCACCCUGGACUCCUGGGAACCAGAGCUGGUCAGGGUAAGACUAUGGACAUGCUCUAAGCAGAUAUGGGCUUUCUUGAAGAAAAUAAGAUCUUAAUUCAUUGCUUUUUUCAUGUAAUGUAAAGACAACUCUUAAAGCUGCAAUGUGUAACUUUUUGGGCAACCUGACCAAAUUCACAUAGAAAUUAGAGUUUUAGAUCUGUCAUUCUUAUUGAAAGCAAGUCUAAGAAGCAGUAGAUCUGUUCUAUGUGCGUUAUUUUUGCGUCUUUUACUUUCAGUUUUGUACACCAGCUUCAAACAGCUGAAAAUACAAUAUUUGUGUUUAUUGAAAAUACAUUUCACAGCAGUUUAGAUGGUACAAUGAAUGAUUCACUACACUUGCUUGUUUUGUCACAUAAACUGAAAUUAGGCAAACUAUUCCAAUUUUUGCAACCAUGAAAUGGCAGAGAGAUAUCUGCAUAUUGCACCUUUUUAAAGUAAGUAAUUAUGUCCCCCCUCUCUCUCUGUGUCCUGUAGUUGAUGUGUGAGUUGGGGAACACAGCCAUCAACAGGAUCUACGAGGCGCGGAUUGAUGAGAUCACCAUCAAGAAACCCCACCCAUCCAGUCCAAGGUAUGAACUCUCAUCUCAUUCCCACGCUCAUCUUCAUUCCUCGGGUCCUGAGUCAUCACCCUUUAUUGACACAUUCAAUCUCACACAGACAGUAAAGAUUUCCUAGCGUUACAGUGUGAUUUGAUUAAAUGUUUAUUAAGGAUAGUGGAACAGAACGUUCAGAUAUAAAUAUAUUGUACAGACCGGACAUGAUUCUCUGUUGUAUGUAGAGUAGUUAUAUACAUAACAUUUCUAUCUGCAACAUUCUAAAAAUCUCACAUUCUAUUGAACAUGCACCUGGUAUAAAAAUUCACCCUUCAUCCCCUCCUGGUGUCAUAAACUUGAAACUGCAGGGAGAUUUUGAUUUUUUUUGUUACACUAUAUAUACAGUGAGGGAAAAAGGUAUUUGAUCCCCUGCUGAUUUUGUACGUUUGCCCACUGACAAAGAAAUGAUCAGUCUAUAAUUUUAAUGGUAGGUUUAUUUGAACAGUGAGAGACAGAAUAACAACAAAAAAAUCUAGAAAAACGCAUGUCAAAAAUGUUAUAAAUUGAUUUGCAUUUUAAUAUACAUUUACAUUUCAGUCAUUUAGCAGACGCUCUUAUCCAGAGCGACUUACAGUUAAUGAGGGAAAUAAGUAUUUGACCCCUCUGCAAAACAUGACUUAGUACUUGGUGGCAAAACCCUUGUUGACAAUCACAGAGGUCAGACGUUUCUUGUAGUUGGCCACCAGGUUUGCACAAAUUUUAGGAGGGUUUUGUCCCACUCCUCUUUGCAGAUCUUCUCCAAGUCUUUAAGGUUUUGAGGCUGACGUUUGGCAACUCAAACCUUCAGCUCCCUCCACAGAUUUUCUAUGGGAUUAAGGUCUGGAGACUGGCUAGGCCACUCCAGGACCUUAAUGUGCUUCUUCUUGAGCCACUCCUUUGUUGCCUUGGCCGUGUGUUUUGGGUCAUUAUCAUGCUGGAAUACCCAUCCACGACCCAUUUUCAAUGCCCUGGCUGAGGGAAGGAGGUUCUCACCCAAGAUUUGACGGUACAUGGCCCCGUCCAUCGUCCCUUUGAUGCGGUGAAGUUGUCCUGUCCCCUUAGCAGAAAAACACCCCCAAAGCAUAAUGUUUCCACCUCCAUGUUUGACGGUGGGGAUGGUGUUCUUGGGGUCAUAGGCAGCAUUCCUCCUCCUCCAAACCCGGCGAGUUGAGUUGAUGCCAAAAUGCUCGAUUUUGGUCUCAUCUGACCACAACACUUUCACCCAGUUCUCCUCUGAAUCAUUCAGAUGUUCAUUGGCAAACUUCAGACGGGCCUGUAUAUGUGCUUUCUUGAGCAGGGGGACCUUGCGGGCGCUGCAGGAUUUCAGUCCUUCACGGCGUAGUGUGUUACCAAUUGUUUUCUUGGUGACUAUGGUCCCAGCUGCCUUGAGAUCAUUGACAAGAUCCUCCUGUGUAGUUCUGGGCUAAUUCCUCACUGUUCUCAUGAUCAUUGCAACUCCACGAGGUGAGAUCUUGCAUGGCGCCCCAGGCCGAGGGAGAUUGACAGUUAUUUUGUGUUUCUUCCAUUUGCGAAUAAUCGCACCAACUGUUGUCACCUUCUCAACAAGCUGCUUGGCGAUGGUCUUGUAGCCCAUUCCAGCCUUGUGUAGGUCUACAAUCUUGUCCCUGACAUCCUUGGAGAGCUCUUUGGUCUUGGCCAUGGUGGAGAGUUUGGAAUCUGAUUGAAUGAUUGCUUCUGUGGACAGGUGUCUUUUAUACAGGUAACAAGAGUGUGCUCCUAAUCUCAGCUCGUUACCUGUAUAAAAGACAACAUGUGAGCCAGAAAUCUUUCUGAUUGAGAGGGGGUCAAAUACUUAUUUCCCUCAUUAAAAUGCAAAUCAAUUUAUAACAUUUUUGACAUGUGUUUUUCUGGAUUUUGUUGUUGUUAUUCUGUCUCUCACUGUUCAAAUAAACCUAUCAUUAAAAUUAUAGACUAAUCAUUUCUUUGUCAGUGGGCAAACGUACAACAUCAGCAGGGGAUCAAAUACUUUUUUUCCCUCACUGUACAUGCAUACUGCUAAAUGCAGGCUAUCCUUUUUCUUUACUCAAUAUGACAAUCUUAGUUCUGCUCAAAUCUUUAAUAUAUAUCGGUUACAUUAUCUAGCUUCCUCUUUUCCUCUCCUCUGCUGCACCCCAGACAGGAAGUUAAACAGGUACAAGACGACGGCUGUGGUUUGUGUCGUAAACUAAACUGUCCCCUGGAAAUGUGCUGUGCAGUUGCAUGGUUUUGUGUGUGUGUGUGUGUUCAGGAUGUACAGUAGUAUGCAUGCAAUCAACUGUGUUGCAAUAUACUAGUACAGUGAAGCCUGGUUUGUCAAAUUUGAAUUGAACUGAAUUUAUCUGCUGUGUGAUAUGGUUUUAUAAUUACUGCAUUACUGUGUAUGAAAUGCGUUUUGAUUCUAUAUUUUUAUAAAUAAAAAUGCCUUUAAGAUGACACUUUAAUUGUAUUUUUCUCUGUCUCUCUCUCUCUUUCUCUCUCUCAGGGGUGAUAAGGAGUCGUGGAUUCGUUCUAAGUUUGUGGAGAAGAAGUUUAUCCAGAAGCUCCCAGAGACGGUUCGUAACGUUCCCCUGCGGCGCUCCAGCGCCCGGAGGAACAGAGCUAACACCCAGGAGAGGACAGCCGGUUCACGACCACCGCUCAAACCCAAACCCAACCGGGCCACCCUGCCACGUCUCUCAGGUAUUGGACGGGACAUACACGCUUGUCUGAUUCACACUAUGGGGCUGAGCUAUACCGGGCUGGCCUACAGAGUUCCUUUAGCAGAUCAGAUAUGUUUCUGCCUACAGUCUACUGAUGGACUGGUAGGUGUUUUAAGUGUUUUAGGUCCUGAUACAGUACACCUCUGUGUACAGGUCAGGAAUGUAAACUAUGCAGGUGCUGUGGGUUAUUUGUGUCUGUCCAAGGGUUAGAUAGCGGGAUAGAAUUUAUGUGAAAUAUUGACACAUUGUUGAGUCUCGCUGCAUGCACAGAAGUACCUACGUACACACACAACUCAUCUGUGACUAAGCGGUAUGCUUGGGUACACACCCCUGUGUCUAUUGUUAUAAACAGCACGAUAAACCUGUGAUAUGGUGGCCUGCUGCUAUGCUGAAUAUCGCUCUCUCUCUCUCUGUCUCUCUCUCUGUCUCUCUCUCUGUCUCUCUCUCUCUCUCUCUCUCUCUCUCUCUCUCUCUUUUUCUCUUCCCCCUCAGGGCUCAACCAGAGUGACCUAAUUCAAAAGAACAAUGCAGACAUUCACAAAGGUGAUAUAUAUACACACACACACAACAAUCCUAAACAGACAUUAAAAGCACAUUAAACCCCACUGUCAUCCCUCAUACACACAGAUGGUGAUGAUGAAGAAGAGGAGGAUCUGUCUGGUCUUCAUCCCGGGGCAUUGUUAUAUCGGUCUGCAGCGCUGCAGCAUUUCCCUGUCAUGGCCGACGCCCUGGCCCACGGAGCUGACGUCAACUGGGUCAACACAGCCGAGGAGUCCAGCACCCCACUCAUACAAGCCGUCACCGCGGUGAGUGAGUGAGUGAGAGAUCACUGUGGUGAGGACGUGAGUGGGUGUGUGUGUCUAUGUUCAGAAGAGAGAAGCAGGUUUGUGUGAAUUCUUACCUAACCUCUGGCCCUUGUCUCUCCAGAACUCCUUGGCAGCGUGUGAGUUCCUGCUACAGAACGGUGCCAAUGUCAACACAGCCGACAGUAACGGGAGAGGACCUCUACACCACGCCACUAUACUGGGACACACUGGGUAGGAUGGACACGCACACACACACACACACACACACACACACACACACACACACACGAACGAACGCGCACACACAGACACUAACCUGGUCUCUAUCUCCCAGGCUGGUGUGUCUGUUCCUGAAGCGAGGGGCAGACUACAACGCCAGAGACAACACCCAGAAAGACCCCAUCACCAUUGCAGUGGAGAAUGCCAACGCUGACAUCGUCACCCUGUAAGUAUAAGCAUUAGUUGAUUUGUUGACACUAGAAUGAUUGAUUGAUUGAUAUAGCAGAUUUUCUCACUAACCUUCUACUAUCCCCAUGACAGGCUGAGAAUCGCCAAGAUGAACAAGGAGAUGCGGGAGAUGGACGGAGCCUUUGGCCAACCAGGUCACUCGGGGGUACAGGGAAUGGGCGGGACAGGGAGUGGGAUGGGCCAAACCAGGAAGGGACUUCAGGCCUUGAAGAAUCAACUGAGUGGAUGGGCACUCGGGGCGCAGAAUGAGUAGAGAGAGGGGUAUUUGCAUCGUAAUUGAGGGAGAGAACAGAGGGAGGAAGAGGGGUACUGCUGAGGUGCAUAGGCUACUCGGCUAACUAGACAUGUUCCCAGAACCCCAAUGAAUGUUACUGUCUAGUCCCCAUUAUGUUGAGGUAAAAUUAAGAGAUUGUUCUCUGAACUCUGAAACAUUGUUACAAUGUUUACAGUCAAGCAUGAUGUUAUGUUUUGAUAGAUUUUCUGGAAUUGUUGCUAGACCCUUCUAAGAAUGUUUUCAGAAAGAACAGUCUCAGAAUGAAAUCUUGACAGAGGUUAGGGGAACGUAUAUGGGGAAGGUUCUUGAAACUGAGAAUUGUUACUGGGUAUGGACGAUUUGCUGUACCUCAGUAGAGGGAGUAGAGUCAAUUUAAGUUUGAUUAGAAGGAUAACUAGAAUACAAGGUAAAUGUAUGAACAAGCGGCUUCUAUACUGUAGUCUUUCUGUAUGUGGGAAGAGGCGGCCAUUUUGGAAAUAUAAUACUAAAGGGAAAAAAGAGGACAUACUGUAGAAGAAGAAGAAGAGAGGAUGUUUAAAGAGAGUGUUUAUGUAAUGACAUGUAUGUCCACUCACGAGUGAGUCCACGUUGUACUUCGAUGCACAGUGAAUGAAAGCACAGUCAGCCAUCAUGCACUUUACAGCCCAUGUUAGCGCUAUGUAGAUCACAGUAUGAUAACACUGGGCAAUGGCCAUGUUUAACAUGUAUUUAUACCAGUAGAGGCUUGUGGGAGGAGCUAGAGGAGGAUGGGCUCAUUGUAAUGGCUGGAAUGGAAUCAAUGGAACGGAGUCAAACGUGGUUUCCAUAUGUUUGAUACCGUUCCAAUAUUCCAUUACAGUGAGCCUGUCCUCCUAUAGCUCCUCCCACCAGCCUCCACUGAUUUAUACCUAUAUGUAUUGUAUGAUUGCACAGUAUGCUUCCUGAAAAAGGAAUCAGAUUGUUUGGGUGCAUGUACAUUUUAUCCACCUUGCGUAGUCUAAUUUAGUCUGCUGAAUGUCAUUGUUAUAAGCUCAGUCCAGUACCAAAUGCUUUUUUCACUUGAGGGUUUUUCCAUUACACUAUGUUCCCCUAUCCUAUUGGAACCUUUUCAAACCGGUUCCUCUUUGGUCACACCUAAGCGGUUGUUAUUGUGUUCAACCUGUUUCAAAUACACGCUGCCACUGUUUAGCUUUGCUUUUGCUUGAGAAUAACAACAUUGAUGCUGAGAACCUAAAGCUGUAUAGAAAGUAAUGAGCCACUGUCCAUUUAAGUUUAUUGUUUUCCAAACAGUGGCUCAGGGCCCACUAGUGUGUUGUGGCCAAUCUUAGGCUGCUAUCAGGACAAUGCACAAUGAAAAAUGCUUAAACAUUUGGGAACCACUGGUCUAAACCCUAGCCAGUGGACCUAGCUAAUGCAACAGAUUGGGGCUGGAAAGUGAACAGUGGACUCAAUGGGGAGAGCUGCAACCUUACUGCGCUGUGUUGUAUGAGAAAGAAAGUGUCCCAUCCAUUCCGUUAUGGCCAAACUGUCAGCCAAGUGCAAGUUAUUUACUCCAUUACUGACAUAACUCAUAAUUUCAAAUAGGCCUAUUUCCUGGUUUGAAAUAUCCUAACUCAAAUAAUCUGUCUGGCCCUGGAGGACUAGCGCUGUGAUACCCAUGUAAUGUCAGUGCUCUGAGAUACUCUACUUGUCUGUCAGUCUCUGAUGUGCAGUGCUUUUUCAUUGUCGUGUGAGCCUUUUGUGUUUGUCCAAUGAGGCGACCGCCUGUUCUGCACUGCUUGCACAGUGUCCCCUGAUGCCCCUGCUUAACAGUGCUACAGGUAAACGGUGUGCGUGCGUGCGUGCUUGCGUGUCUGCUUAUAGUAGUAAUGUGGAUAAAUUGAGGGAGAGAAAAGUACAGACAGCCAUUUUAGCAUGAACAUUAAAAAAAUGUCAUACUCUUGCUGAAUGUUCUUCUCAUGUCUUGUUUUCCUUAGGUGAUGAAACGUACCAGGACAUCUUCAGGGACUUCUCUCACAUGGCCUCUAACAACCCAGAGAAGCUCAAACGGCGCAGCACAGACUUUAAGAGUUGACCUACCCAACUGCUGUUUCUUUUGCGUACUUUUGUUCUGCUGUUUUCCUUGUCUCACACACAC